UUCAUCUACCUGAAUUUCUUUGUUUGUUGGUUUAAGAUGGAUAUCAAACCUUUCCUUCAUGAACACUACUUGCUCUUUGAUGAAUACAUAGAACAAAAGGCACGUUGUGAUAAAUGCAAUUGGAAUAUUUAUGGUUGGGCCUAUUCUUGUGAAAGAUGCAAGUUUUGGUUGCACAAGUCUUGUGCUGAAUAACAGCUACCUCGUCAGAUAAGUGCACAUCCUCUCCACUCCCAACAUAAUCUUACUCUAUUCUGCAAACCUUGGAUGAAUUACCUAUGUGCUAAAUGUUUCAAUCUUUCUACUGGCCAUGGAUAUAGUUGCGAAAAAGGUUGUGAUUUUAGGCUUGAGUGUCUAUGUGCUUUUUCAACCAAUGAUGAGACAAAUAGACCCUCAAUUAAUGGCCACAGAUCCAAAAAAAUUCAGCAUUUCAGCUUUAACGAACCGUUGACCCUUUUUAACUACAGGAAAGUGAGAAAGUAUGAUUUUUUCUGUAAUUGGUGUGAGAAACAUAUAUUUGGAAUGUGCUAUGGUUUUCGAGAUGAAAUCUUUUUCCACUAUUCUUGCUUAAACAACAUGCCUAACGUCUUGAAACACCCUUUUCAUCCAUCACACCAUCUUCACUUACGCAGCUCCUACUUGGGUAUUCGACUUUGCAAAGCUUGUAACAAAUUAAUGAAGGAGUGGGAAAAAUCCUAUUUUUGUCCAAAAUGCACAUUCCACCUUCAUGUUCUUUGUGCUAGACUCCAACCCAGUCUCAAGGUUGAGUUAGAUGAGCAUGAUCUUACUUAUUUUCAAAUAAAAUCUUAUGACACUACCUUUUUGUGCAAGAUAUGUAAUUCCAAUUGUGGUGCCGGAUAUAAGGAAAGUGUUUUUUAUCGUUGUGUUCAGUGUGAUUUCAGUUACCAUUUCAGUUGUCUUGGAAUACUAGCUUCUACUACACAUAAGUAUCAUAGGCAUGAUCUCAUGCUUAUUGAUUCAUUUAUAGAAGAUGAUUCGAAGGAAUAUUAUUGCGAUAUUUGUGAAGAAGAACGAAAGCCCAAGUGUUAUGUUUAUUGUUGCAAGGAGUGCGAAUUUGUUGCUCACAUCGAAUGUGCACUCAAUAAGGUUGUAGAUAUAAAACUUGACCAUGGCUUGUUGGACAACAAAGAGGAAACAGAGCAGAGAAAUGCAAAAGUUCCUACUCAUCUUAGCAUUGAAAAUUUUGAUCAUCCACAUCCCUUGAGCUAUUAUGAGGCUAUUGAACGGAAUGAAAAUCCUAUUCCUCUUUGUGAUGCUUGCUAUCUAGAAAUUUCUGGUCAAGCCUAUGCUUGUAAAAAUUGCAAAUACUACUUGCAUGAAACAUGCGCCACAUUGCCGUAUGAAGUGUUACAUAUUCUUCACCCCCAGCAUCCUCUCCAGCUCCUCACCUUUGCUAACACCUUUACAUGUUAUGAAUGUAAGGGCCAUUCUUAUGGGUUUUCUUACAAGUGCUAUAAAUGUGAGUUCACACUUGACGUGAAAUGUGCUACCACUCCAAUUGCACCUAAAAAUGAGGGCCAAGGGCUAAUAGAAAUGGAGAGAUUCUCCAAGUUAUGCCUUUUCAAUCAAAAUCAUAAGCUAGAGUUCUUCAAUGUUAGAUCCAAGUCGCUAGAUUUGAAAUGCGAUGCUUGCCGCAAACAAAUCGUGGGUCCAGCUUAUAGAUGUGGUAGUUUGUUUUGCAACUACCAGCUUCAUGAAUCUUGUCUUGCACUUGUGCAGGAGAUGCAACACCCAUUUCAUCCAUUGCAUCCUCUUCAUCCGCAAGUCUUUCGGUCACAAUAUUGUUCUGCUUGUAAACAACAAAUGAAUGCCAUCAGCUAUAGUUGUCAGCAGUGUGAUCUUCACCUUCACUUUGAUUGUGCUAGCUCCUUGAAGCUAGCAUUAAAAUUGAAGUUUCACCAACAUAGUCUUUAUUAUUUUGGACCACAUACUGUGCAUUCCUUCGGUUUAUGUGACAGAUGCAAAAACCAUGUUAGUGGGGCACCUCUCUAUCACUGCAUGGAGUGUGGUAUUUCUUUGCAUUUUGGAUGUGUUCAAAUACCACAUUCAAUUAAAUCCAAAUGUCACAUUCAUCCUUUGACUCUUAAAGAUAGUUUUGUGGAAGAUGAUUCAGGAGAAUACUAUUGCAACAUUUGCGAAGAAGAAAGGAACUCAGAAAAUCAUGUCUAUUGUUGUGAAGAAUGUGAUGGACAAUUUGUUGCUCACAUUGAGUGCAUGCUUCCUACAGAUUUUGAAUUUGUAGAUGGAAAUUUUCAUGAAUUUGCUGACUCACCUACUAAGAGGUCCUCUAUGGAUAAGUUGCUUUCUCAACCCCAUGAAGAGGUUUACUUAAACCAAAAUAGAAUGAAGUAUUGGGUGGAUAAAAAGUCAAACAAAUAUUGCUUCAUGUUGUUUGCAAGAGAUCUCUUAAUCAGUUGGGUGGAAGACCAACGUUACUGGCACUGGUCAUACCAAAAAGAAACAAACAGUGAUGUGUUAAUUGAUGUUGCCGAACUUCUAGCUGUGUGUUGGCUAGAAAUGCGUGUGAAAUUUAAUGUAAAAAAGCUUUCACCAAAAACUUUGUAUGGAGUUGUGUUCGUGUUUAAGUUGACAAAUGAAGCAUAUGGAUGGGAUAUUCCAGUGAACUUUGGAUUCACUCUUCCAAAUGGGUACAAGGAUGAACUCAAGGAAACUUUGAUGACCAAGCCGAAAGGAGUAUGGAUAGAAAUCCCUGUCGGAGAAUUUACAACUUCAUCCGAAAUUGUUGGAGAAUUAGAUAUUUACUGUCACCAAUAUGAUGUAUUGACAUGGAAGGGAGGACUUAUUAUUAAAGGAGUUUCUAUUCUACCAAAGAACUAAGUUAUAAAUUUGUAUUUUCUCACAAUAAAUCUCAAAGUACUAUGGUUUUUUUAUUUGUU